UCAGGAUGAGGAAGUGGCGGCGGGUUUCCUGCUGCUGCUUUUUUUCGUCACAAGUUGAAGUUUAGCGUGUGUGGAGCCGGCAGCGGGAGUCACAACAAACAAACCAGCGCAUGGGAGGAGUGCGGCCACUCAACCAUCCGCCAAUAAAGCCACCGCUUGAUUAUCCAGAAUUGAUAAAAGGCCCUUAGGAGCCACGGGGCCUAGUUACACAGGCAGCAACAGAGCCUGGAGCCAGAGUGAAGUCGCUCGGCCGCUUGCGGAGGAACUUUUUGUCCGCACCUUUGGACUUUCGCGUCUGGGAAGAGGCUGAGCACAAGGGCACGGCAGUGAAAAACAAAGGGUGUUUUAGAGCUAAGAAAGAGGAAGUGACUCCCUUUGCUCAGAAACUCCGAGGGGCAAAAGGCUGGAACUUGCCAGAAGUUUUUCUGUUUCAUCGUGCCUUUUGUCUUUUUAAAAGUAGGAGGGAGAGAAUAGGCCGUUAACUGGGGAAUUAAAGGUUCCCCUCCGCCCUCUUAUUUUAAAACCAUUUGACUGUAAUAUUGGAAGGGAAGAUGCUCCCCCUGAAGAAGUAUUUCACAGAGGGGCUCAUCCAGUUCACCAUCCUCCUGAGUCUGAUGGGGGUCCGGGUGGACAUUGACUCAUAUUUGAAUGCUCAGCUCCCUCCAUUCCGUGAGAUUAUCCUGGGCCAGAGCUCGGCUUACACCCAGACUCAGUUCCACAACUGGAGGAACACGCUGGACGGCUACGACCUUCACCCCAAGAGCGUGGACCUGGACUAUUACUUCACGGCCAGGAGGCUGUUGAACGAUGUGAGGGGCCUGGACAGGCUGCUGGUACCCAGCACCGAGCUCAGCGCUUGGCUGGUGCAUAGCAGCAGCGGCGGCGGCAGCAGGGAAGCGGACAGCUCGGUGAUCGCCUCGCAGCCCAACCUGCCCUUGGACAACCCAAGCGGGGUGAACGAGGUGACGGAUCCGGAGGGCAGCAGCAGAGACAAUGUCUCCUCCGAACAGGGCGAGGAGAACUUGGGGGCUGUAGGAUUGCCAAUGAGUAGCGAGUUAACCAAGGAGGACAUUGAUCUAAUUGAUAUCCUGUGGAGGCAAGACAUAGAUCUGGGCGCUGGGAGAGAGGUUUUCGACUACAAUUACAGACAGAAGGAGAACGAGCAAGAGGAGGAACAGAGCGAGAAGAAUGAAGAGAAAGAUGGAAAUGGGAGGAGUGGAUUGCUGCAGGGGCCUGUUCAAGUGGAUGGGGAGACGGGAGAAAGCGUUCCCAAUCAGGUGCCGGAGUUGGCGGAGCAGACGGCACCUUCCUUCGAGGAGUGCUUGAGGCUUCUGGAUGAAACAUUUUCUUUUGGGGAGGAUUCUGAGUUUCCAGCAGCGGUAUCCUCAGUGCUGAAUGAGGCUUUAGACAAUGCUCUGCCCAGCACCAGCGACAGCCUGACUGCAGGCUCACAGAUGACCCUUCUUCCACCUCUCUUGAGGCCAGAGACUCCUUUAGACUUAGAACAACAGUGGCAGGACCUCUUGUCCCUCAUGGAGCUACAGGAUAUGGAAGUGACCAACAGUGUAACAUCAUCAUACAAUAAUGACUCUGGAAAUGGCAGUGCUGAUGUGCCCACAAACUACAACCAAACUCCAGCCACAGCAAUCAAUCAAGAUGUAAGUCUCCACGAUGCCACUCUGCCUCCAUGUAGCCAGGACUUCCCAUCAUUCUUUAAUCCAAAUUUGGAGAACCCUUCUGUGGAAAGCAGUCCCAGACUCCAGCGACUGGCAUCCACCAAUUCCACCAACUUUGAUGCCACCUUUGGUUCCACCAACUUCACAGGGAUGUUUUUCCCUCCUCAGAUUAAUGGAACCAGCAAUGAGACUUCUGGCUCCAGCUUGCCUGACCCUCUAUCUAGCCUACUGGAUGAGGCAAUGUUUGAUGAGAUCAGCUUGAUGGACCUGGCCAUGGAAGAAGGUUUUGGUCCGAUGGUAGCCUCGCAGAUUGAGGAGGAGCUGGACUCUGAUUCUGGCCUCUCUCUUGAUUCAAGCCACAGCCCUGCUUCUCCGAGCAGCUCUGAAUCCUCAUCCUCUUCCUCCUCCUCUUUCUACCAGGAAGGGGCAGUUGGAUAUAGCACUGAUUCGGAAGCUGCGGACUCCGAAGAGCCCGAGAGGGAGGGUGCAGUGGGAGGCUAUCAGCCAGAGUACAGCAAGUUCUGCCGAAUGAGUUACCAGAAUCCCAGCUAUUUCCACUCGCUGCCUUACUUGGAUCAAGUCAACCACAACCAUACUUACAACCUGCCCCCUGGGGCUUCUGUCUCCAGUCAACAAUAUCACCCCAGCCCUGGAAAGAAAGCAGUAAUAAAGGAAACCCAUUCCAGUCGCAUGGAUAUACAUCUGGGCCGGGAUGAGCGCAGGGCCAGGGCACUAAAGAUCCCAUUCUCCAAUGACAAGAUCAUCAACUCACCAGUCGACGAGUUUAACGAGCUCCUGUCCAAGUAUCAGCUCACUGAAGCCCAGCUGACCCUCAUCCGUGACAUUAGGCGCCGUGGGAAAAACAAACUAGCAGCCCAGAACUGCCGUAAGAGGAAGCUAGACACCAUUCUGAACCUGGAUCAUGAUGUGGAUCACCUGAAGAAGCAGAAGGCCAGGCUGCUAAAGGAGAAAGUGGAAUUUGUCAAGUCCUUGCGCCAGAUGAAGCAGAAACUGCAGGAGCUUUACCAGCAGGUCUUUGACCGCCUGAGGGACGAGGAGGGAAGGCCUUACUGUCCAAGCCAGUACUCCCUCCAGUACACAAACGAUGGCAGUGUGCUGGUUAUGCCUCGGGCCCUAAUCUCUCAGCAAGGAAAAUCAGACAAGAAGAAGAACAAUAAGAAGAAGUGAAAUCCAUGGCCAGCCCUGGUGUCUGGCUUUGAACUGAACUAAAGAAAGGAACUCAGCGAGAGGCAGCGCCUCCAGAAAGCUGCCGCUGACUUUUACAAAUAGACAACUGACAAUUCGCACCUUCUUGUAUUUGAAAAUAUCUCGCAAAUCUGACAGCUGCAGGUCAGUUAGGAUGGAACAGUAUCCCAGGAGGGUCGGUGACAGAGCUUUAUGUAUUGAGUUGGUAGUUUGCUUUUGACCACAGCUUGAGAAUCAAUAAGUGUCUUUGCGCUCCUGUUGUGUCCCUUGGGAAGAAUAGGUGUGUACGCUUAUGUGCCUGCUUAGAGGGAGGGGUGAAAGAGUUCUGGAUGUAGCAACUGAAAGGAAAUUUUCUCUCUCUCUCUAAUCGAGACACCCUGGUUGUGGGUAACAAACUACUCAGCAAAACAAAUGAGGAUUAAAAAUAAUUCCCACUCCUCCACAGUUUACAUACAUAAACCAGAAGCUAUGUGUUCAGUUGUUACUUGAAUAUUUCCCUUUUUUUUUAAAAUCUAAGGACUUGAUGUGUGAACUAAGGGCGUUUGUUCACAGGCAAUUUUUUAUUUAAAAGUUUUAACUUCUAAAUAAAUCGGCUGCAGACAUUUUGAAAUCUAGAUGGUAAAAGUAACUGAUAGAGGUGGCUUGGAUAAAGUACAGUUGUGGGAAGAGUAUUUCCUUUCAGAGGCACUGUGCUGCUAUGAGAGUCUUGGGCCUGCCAUCCUGAGUAUGACCUUGCUCCGCAGGGAUUCAUUUUUGCCAAGUGCUAAAUCUCUAGCAGGGUUUGAAGAGGCAAUCUACUUGGAGUCCUUGCCCCGAUGGCUCUAUUUAUUAAGUGCAGAAGUCAAGCCUUGCAAGUUUAGUUUUAUUUCUGUUAUACAGUCUGAUCAUUUGGGGACUAAGGAGUGUUUUUAAUUUUUGUUCAUUGCCUUGCACUCCACACACACCGAGGGGCAGCUGAGCAGAAAUACCUGUUUAACUCCUUUCGCUUAGUUAGGAGGAGGCUGUUUCAGAACUCGAAUUGAGGUGGGGGCCCAGGUGAUUGUUGCCAUAUUUGCCUGUCAGCUAGGCCCCCCUUCCAUGACCCCUCAGUUCAGCCUGUCUGAGACAGGAUAACUGACCAUUGGGACUUGAGACCUAAAGCUGCUGGAUGCUUGCGAAUGCAUGGUGCUGCUAAGGUACAGGUUAUUUAACUUAUCAAAGAACAAGACAGGAAUACUGUGAACAGAAGACCAUGUGGUCGCUGGAAUUACAAUGUGUGAUGUACUAAGAAUGAUGAAUUUAUUUGUUGUCGCCUUCCUCCUUUAGCAUUCUUCCCAACACCAGGUAUUUUCUGGUGGUGAGGGGGUUGUGUGGAAAGGGGAAGGAAGAGGCAUUAGCUGGGGGUGAGUGGGGGAAGAGAGCCUAUUCCUAGGCUUUUCUCAAUGACACUAUAAAUUGGUGAUGUCAAGGAGCAUUAUAGGCUGUCCUUCGCUUUCCCCAGUUAGUUACGGCUGAAAUUUGGAGAUCUUUGUGUUGCGGGAGACUGUACUGUUUCCCCUCUCUCCUUUACUCAGUGUGCUGUGAUUUAUUGGGGAGGUAGUGGCUGUCUCAAGUUCCCCAUUUGUGUACCAAAUGUGUUGACCGUGAGUGCAGCUCUCCUUUUUAUGGAUUCUAGGUGCAUCAGGUAAUCCGCUGCUAGGCCACUGUGUGGUGUGUGCCUGUAAAUCCUGACUUUGUCAGCUUUCCUUUAUUUUUGUGUAUGCAGGGACCCUUGCCCCUGCUAUGACCAGGUUGUCACCACAUGGGGAUCUACAAGUGUGAAGCAGCCCUCAGAUUCCCUGCCCCAUUCAAUAUUUAAGAUAAGGAUUUGUGUCACAAUGUGUCUUUGAAAUGUGCUAUAUUGGGUUUAGAGUUGUGGGGGGAGGUGCCGUGGAUGGAUUUCUAGACUAGAUUAGCUCUAAUGCAGCAAUCAGUUAGUUUCUUCACUUGGUUAGUGCAGAUUUUAGAAACUUACAAAGGAAACUCAAUAGCAAGAAUGCUUGGCAGUUGCAUUUUUCCUUCCUGAUUUUAUAUCCUGGCAAUUGGAGUCUGAUCUGUCUGAAUACUAACCUCAUUCAAGUCGAAAAGCGCUGCUGUUUUAAUAGAGGGCAAAAUAAAUGGAUUAACAUCUCUAAUGGAAGAGGCACUCUACGAACGAAAGUAGGUGUUCAGACAGCUUCCAGGUUCAUCACAGAAACCAGGCAAUCUGAAUGCAGUUCAAUCUGCGGUUAUUAUUCAAAUAAUGCAGGGAGGAAUUGUUGCUUUGCAGAGUGAAAACCUUUUAUACUUUUGAUCAUAAACUGUGUGAUAUCAAACUAACUAGCUCAGGGCUGUAACAUGAUAGUGAUCCAGAGGAUGCAGAAAAAAAAGCUUGGUUUCCAAAAUGAAGUGUUUCCUGUUGGUAAUCUCCAGUUUCUUGAUUGGGAAUGGAGAUGAGGUAAGAUGGAGGAGAGGUUCAUUUAUAACGAAAGGAUGCUGAGUCCAGCAGGAUAUGUGCACGGAUUUGGUGGGAUGUUCUCUGGUUUUGGUUGCAUGGCUGACUUGAUUUCUCCCAUCCCACACCUCUGAAGAUGACUUGGUUCUAGUGCUGAUGUUGAAUGAACCCUGCAUUCUGUGACCAUUCUGAUUGACAGUGGAUAGUGUGGAGAUUUUUAGGAACUGGCUUUUGGCUGCAGCUCAUGUUAUUCGUACUCCAGAUAGAGGCUACAACUCCAUGUACAUUGGCUGUUGAUGCACCUACGCUCCAGUAUUGACUAAGAGCCAUUAUUAUAGUCUCACUGGCCCUGCCACUUCUGCAUGGCAUGUUGGGUUGUGAUGCAAUAAUCAUCCGAGACACUCUGCCAUUUUCAGGUAUCUGAGGUUCUGGAUGUCAAGAUUCAGCUCCUCCUCCCACUUUGCCAAGACUAACAGGUAACUAGCAAGAAAGGAGACUUGUGACAGGCAGAAGUUAACAAAUAUAAUCAUCCUCCAGCUGAUUUCACCACUUAUUAGUUUCCAGUGAUGUCAAGAAAUGACGACUAGUCUUGGGUCAGGAGUCGCUGCAGUUUUCCAUUGUCUUGUGUUAGCUUACUCCAUGUUAAGUGUGUAGCAUUUCCAAGAUGCAUAACCUUCCCUUCAUUAGUGUCUGUGUAUAAAGAUAACUUAAGUGAAUAGAUUUGAAGUCAUAACCAUUAUCAAUUUAUCUACAGGGAAACAUCUUUCUUGAGUGUAAAUUUGCAAUUUUAAUUGUGAAGCUAAUUUCAAGUGUUCUCUUAGUUAUUGACUAAGACGCAUUGCACCAAGUGCUCAGUCCUUCAGCCCCUGAUUCUGAUCCUGGUGGUCAGAAUGUGAUUGUCAGGGAUGGGAUGGGAUGGUUUCUGAUAAUCCUGAGCUGUCUGUAGUGCUGCAGUUUAAAGAAAGCAGCUUCACCUGAACAGUUCAUUGCAGGGACCUUUUUAAUCGGACUUGGGCUCCCUCUGCUGCUGCUAUUUUAAAUUUUACACAAACUGCAUUUUUUUUCCUUGCCCGAAGGCAAUUUUAUGAUUCACAGGAACCCUCAAUUAACUUGAAGUGACUUAUUUAUUUAGAUCAGCUCCGACAGGGGAAACUGGUUCUGACUGUCUGGGAGAGGAAACUGAGCUGGACCAUGUCAAGCAGGAAUUGGCAAUGCAAUCCCAAGUUGGAGUUCUGCUUUCCCACAUCCUCUUCCUGCCUGAUGCAUUGCACAGCCUUCACUGCUAGCAGGCUGGUAUAAGACUGAGUGGAGCACAAGUUAAAAUCCCUGCUGCAAUUUAUGGGAUUACGUAGAAUUACAUGGAAUGUAACAGCAUUGAAACUGGUCCAUGCCAGUGUUUAUGCACCAAUGUCCUUCCAUUCCCCUUUCAUCUCAUCCUAUCAUAUCCUUCAAUUCCUUUCUUCCUUGUGUGUUUAUCUAGCUGCCCCUUAAAAGCAUCUGUUAGUAAGACAAGUCGCAAAACUCAUGAACUUUAAUAAACUUAAAUAAAGCUAAUGUGGGAGUUGCUAAGUUUUGUAUAAGACUUCCUAUAGUUUGUGACUGUUCAGUGUCGGGCUUUCCAUGAAGGUGGGUGAGUUCAUUUUGGGACAGCAAAGUUUGCAUUACAUUGACUGUUUCUAGCUCUUUCUAGUGGAAAAGUAGUUGGUGGGCAGGCAAAUCCUCAGGGGGUUCCUACAAACGGGCUGCACAAAGCUCAAAUUUCUAAAGAAUGAGCAGGUCCAGUACCUGGGGAGAUGGAGACAAGCCAACAACCAUGUUGCUGUGUUCGGUCUGCCUGCAUACUGGCCUGCGUUCCUAAACACUGCUAACAUUUAUUUUCCCUGCACUCUCAGCAGAUUUCUAACUCUUAGACAUGUUCCCACUCACUCAAAAAUGAAACAAUCAAGGUUCUGAAUGCACCAAAUUGUAUGCAUGAGCUCCUGAUCUGGCAGGUGUGUGCAAGCCUGCCUGUUGAAUUAGGACAUUCUCUCUGAUUGUACAAUUUCAAGGUUCCAUGCUCAGGAACAACACUGGUCCACCAUCGUUCCCAGGUGCUGAUUGCCAAGGGAUGGGCAGUUUCUAGAAACAAAUCAUGGUUAAAGCUGACUCUGCAUUUCUGGUUAGUUCUAAUGGCACUUCAUAACAUUUGCUCCAAAGAGGUUACUGAACAGCUUCAUUCUCCCAGCUGUGCAAGAGAUUGUUUCCUUCACCUGUGUAUACACCUAUACCAGCUGUUGCAGACUAACCAGUAAUCUCUCCUGUUUUUUUUUUGGUUUUUGUGCUUAUUUAUGUUAAGUUAUGGAUGAUGGAGUGUUUCUCCUAUUUUAUUGUUUUAGUUUCCUGUCAGAUUUGUGCAGAUAUAAUGUUGCCUAUAAACAAAUGUCUUGAUUUUUUUUCUUGGCUUGGCAGGGAAUAUCUCUCUCAAAUCUGUAUAUUUUUCUUUACAUGGAAACUUGCAGCAAACCAGGAUUGUUUGGGGAGGGAAAUUCAAUAAAUUAGUUCUAUUUUCA